CCGAAACCCGAGCCCGGCACCUGGGUGAUCCCUCACCAUGCAGCGGAGAUCCAGAGGGGUCAACACCGGGCUGCUUCUGCUCCUCUCCCAGAUCUUACAUGUCGGGAUCAACAAUAUCCCACCUGUUACCCUGGCAACCUUGGCUCUCAACAUCUGGCUCUUCCUGAGUCCGCUGAAGCCCCUGUACAGCUCCUGCCUGAGCGUGGAGCAGUGCUACCAGCACAAAGACUGGCAGCGCUUGCUGCUCUCGCCCCUGCACCACGCCGACGACUGGCACCUGUACUUCAACAUGGCAUCCAUGCUGUGGAAAGGCAUCAGCCUGGAAAAGAGACUGGGCAGCCGAUGGUUUGCCUACGUCCUCGCCACCUUCUCCGUGCUCACGGGGCUGGUGUACCUGGUGUUGGAAUUUGCUCUCGCGGAGCUUAUGGACGAGCCCGACUUCAGAAGGAACUGUGCCGUGGGCUUCUCAGGAGUCCUGUUUGCUUUGAAAGUUCUGAACAACCAUUACUGCCCUGGAGGCUUUGUCAAUGUUUUGGGCUUUCCCGUACCCAACAGAUUUGCUUGUUGGGCAGAGCUUGUGGCUAUUCACUUCUUCACGCCAGGGACUUCCUUCGCUGGGCAUCUGGCUGGAAUUCUUGUUGGACUAAUGUACGUUCAUGGACCUUUGAAGAAAAUCAUGGAAGCGUGUGCAGGCAUUUUUUCCUCCAACGCUGGCUACCCACGACAGCAGUACCACCACUUCAGUAGUUCAGGCUACUCUGGCUACCAGGACUACCGGGACACCUACCGCAAUGGCAGACCAGGCUACCGUGAAGACGUGCCCAGGAACUAUGACGCGUACACUGCAGGCCUGAGCGAGGAGGAGCAGCUGGAGCAAGCACUGCGGGCCAGCCUCUGGGACCAAGGAAGCGCCCGCAGCCCCCCGCCCUACGGCUUCCGGCACCUGGCGACGGACGAGGAGCUGAGGCGGCAGCGGCUGCAGCGCUUCGACGGCCAGUGAGCGCCCCGCCCGCCCGCCUGGAUGGACGGAAGCACCGGCCGGCCGCCGCCUGGACACCAACCACUCCCCCCGCACACAGCCCGCCCUGCCCUGACCCGGCCGGGCCACCCGCCAGCCCGCUGCGCCCCCUCCCGCACCUGGCACGGAGAGGUGGGCACGCUGGCAUCCGGAGCAGGGGGUGGCAGGCCGGCUGACGCACCUCUGCCCUCCUGCACCCGACGCCCAGCACCCAGCCCAGAGCACUGCCCCGGGCUCCCUUUGCCUUUCCCGAAAGUGUGACCCAUGCCAGGGAGCAAAGCCACGUCCACGCACCGGCAGGCACCGGCAGGAUAAUGCCACAUACGUGUCUGUCUGCGCCAGGCCUGUGUCUGCACCGGGCAUGUUCGAGACGAGUCUGUGUCACCUCCGUGGCUGCAUCAGUUUCGUGGCUAUGCCAGAUGGCAUUAGCUCGGACUCUGCAUAAGAUUCGUGUCUGCAUCAGACCUUGCGUCUACAUCAGAUCCGUGUCUGCGUCACGUCCAUGCCUGCGUCAGGCUUGUGGCCGAGUCAAGCCCGUGUCGACACCGGAUACGUGAGAUACGAGUCUCCGUCAGAUUCGCGUCUACGUCAGGCUCAUGUCUACGCCCCAUAC